UCUUAUUGCGAACUGAAAGGAGCGUAGAAAUAUUCUGCUAAAGUUAGCCAAUGCUGUAGUUAGGCAACCAGUUUUCGCUAUUUACACUCUCUCACUGUAAUAUAAAAUGAGCUCUAUCGGGACCGGGUAUGAUUUAUCUGCUUCCACUUUUUCGCCGGAUGGCAGGGUAUUUCAAGUUGAAUACGCCAUGAAAGCAGUAGAAAACAGCAGCACAGCGAUUGGAAUCCGCUGCAAAGACGGAGUGGUGUUUGGAGUAGAAAAAUUAGUCCUGUCCAAACUGUAUGAGGAAGGUUCCAACAAGCGCAUCUUCAACAUUGAUCGGCAUGUUGGAAUGGCUGUGGCAGGGCUAUUGGCUGAUGCCAGAUCUCUCUCAGAGGUGGCCAGGGAGGAGGCCUCCAACUUCCGCUCCAAUUAUGGGCAUGACAUCCCUCUUAAGCAUUUGGCAGACAGAGUUGCAAUGUAUGUUCACGCUUACACAUUAUACAGUGCUGUACGCCCUUUUGGCUGCAGUUUCAUCCUUGGAUCUUAUGAUGACGAUGAUGGCCCUCAGCUCUACAUGGUAGAUCCAUCAGGGAUUUCAUAUGGUUACUGGGGCUGUGCCAUUGGAAAAGCAAAGCAGGCUGCAAAAACAGAAAUUGAGAAACUUCAGAUGAAAGAAAUGACAUGCAGAGAGCUGGUAAAGGAGGUUGCAAAAAUCAUCUACAUUGUACAUGAUGAGGUGAAAGACAAAACCUUCGAGUUGGAGCUUAGCUGGGUUGGAGAAGUCACAAAAGGGAGACAUGAGCUUGUCCCUAAGGACAUCAAAGAAGAGGCUGAGAAAUAUGCUAAAGAAUCGUUGGAAGAGGAGGAUGACUCGGAUGAGGACAACAUGUAGACCGCAUUCUCACCCGUUUUUCCAUGUACCCAGAUAGCUCAAACUUCAUAUCUCGUAAAGUUGUUUUUAAUGUUUUCUGGUCACUGAACCAAUCAAGGUCCUUGUUUGUUUUUUUUGAGUGUAAAAACAAAAUAAUAAAAAUAAAAAGAAUUAAUUUGCC